GCCUGCUGCGCAAUUUCGUACAAGGGAGCGACGUCAUUGUCAGGAAAGAAAUAGGGAGAGGAAUUGACGAAGCGUUUAUUUCCCCAGUAAUAUCAAUGUUAAAGGAACUAUUUUUUUAAUGAUUCGGAGCCGUUUAACCACCCUGCCGCUGAAUCAGAAACGCCCGAAGGGAUGUAACAUUAGGUUAAAGAACCUUACAACGAUUGCUGUCUGAGAAUAUAAGGUCUUAAACCCAAAUGCAAACAAGGGACCUGGAGAUUCAAGUUAUGUGGCGAGUGAAAUUGGAGUGACUUGAAAUUGCGGGAGAAGGGCGCGUUGACCUCGAAAGGCAACCAGGCUAAGUCAGACGCUGCUGAGCUACCUUGAUCAGGCAAGUUGAUUUGUAGACCACCUGUAAUCUGCCUGCAAUUGAUUGACUUGGACCGCAAAAGUGACUUUAAUCUAUUUUGCUGUUCUGGUAAAGUCCAAUAAAGUGCAGAAAACGUAUCAAUGUGCCUUGUUGUGGUUUCCUAAAGAUGCAAACAUGAAGGAUGUUGAUGCCAGAAUAGAAUAUGUAACUUCCAAGCCUGGAUGUAAAACAGUGAAUAGAAAGUCCCUGCAGUUGGAGAACCAUAAUGAGCGAGGCAAAAUACAGAGAGAGUUGUGUGAAAAUGCUUUGGAAACAGCAGGUCGUGUAGAAGGCCUGUCGCUGGAUGUUUCAGCACAUUCCUGUGUACAAAUCUUGGAUGAAGAAAAACAGAAGGGGAAGUAUCACCAAAGUUUACACCUGUUCAAGCCCUUUCGUAGCUCUACCAAACAACAGCAUCCUGUGGACAAUGCAGGCUUCUUUUCAUUUAUGACCUUCAGUUGGUUGACAUCUUUGGCAUUCACGGCUUAUAAAAAAGGGCAUCUAUUGCUGGAAGAUGUUUGGCCCCUGUCAAAAUAUGAAUCUUCUGAAAUUAACAGCAGAAGAUUAGAACGGCUGUGGCAAACAGAGUUGAAAGAAUGUGGCCAGGAAAAUGCCUCACUAAACAGAGUGAUUUGGAGGUUUUGCCAGACAAGGCUGGUCAUCUCUGUGAUCUGCUUGAUGGUUACAAUGGUGGCCGGCUUCUGUGGACCAGCUUUUCUUGUGAAACGUCUUCUAGAUUAUGCAGCACUGAGUGAGUCGAAUCUGCAGUAUGGUUUGCUGUUGAGUCUUGGGCUGUUUUUGACAGAAGUAAUCCGCUCCUGGUCAUUGGCAAUGACCUGGGCAUUGAACUAUCGCACUGCUGCCAGGCUUAGAGGAGCUGCCCUUACCAUGGCAUUUGAUAAAAUUCUGAAACUUAAGAACAUGAAGGAGAAAUCUUUGGGUGAGCUUAUCAACAUCUGCUCCAGUGAUGGACAGCGAUUGUUUGAAGCUGUUGCAGUUGGAAGUUUGUUGGCAGGUGGACCUCUUGUAGCAAUUCUGGGAAUGAUUUAUAAUGCCACAUUGCUUGGUCCCACUGCCUUCCUAGGGUCUUCAGUUUUUAUACUCUUCUAUCCAGCUAUGAUGUUCGUGUCCCGGCUGACUGUAUACUUCAGAAGGAAGUGCAUUUCUGUGACCGAUGAGCGUGUUCAAAGAAUGAAUGAAGUCAUCUCUUACAUAAAAUUUAUUAAAAUGUAUGCCUGGGUGAAGGCAUUUUCACAGAGUAUUCUCAAAAUCAGAGAGGAUGAACGCCAAAUCUUAGAAUACGCUGGAUAUUUUCAAAGCAUCAGCGUGGGUAUUGCUCCAGUUGUUGUGGUUAUAGCAAGUGUAAUUACUUUCUCUGUCCAUAUGCUCUUGGGCUAUGAUCUUACUGCUGCUGAGGCCUUUACUGUGGUGACUGUUUUCAAUGCUAUGACUUUUUCCCUUAAAGUCACUCCAUUCUCCGUCAGAUCACUUUCUGAGGGAUCCGUAGCAGUGGAUAGAUUUAAAAGUUUAUUUCUAUUGGAAGAGUUUCACAUCAUAAGAAAAAAGCCAGAAAGUUCUCAAAUCGCCAUAGAACUGAAGAAUGCUACUCUGGCUUGGGACUCCCCAAAUUCUAGUGCUCAGUCCUCGCCGAAGAUGACACCCAAACGGAGAAAGGACAAAUGUGAAUCCAGAGGGAAGAAAGAGACAAAGGAAAUUCACCAGAAUGAACAAAAUGGUCCUUUAACUGAGCAGAAUGGAUAUCUUCUAACAAACAGUGACUUACAGCCCAGUCCAGAUGAGAAAGAAAUUUCUCUGAUCAGUCCAAGAUUACAGAGGACACUGCACAAUAUCAAUCUUAGCAUAGAAAAGGGGAAGCUUGUUGGAAUCUGUGGCAGUGUAGGAUCCGGCAAGACAUCCUUGAUUUCUGCAGUUUUGGGUCAGAUGACCCUGAUAGAAGGAAGUAUUGCAGUUGAUGGAAAUUUUGCCUACGUGGCUCAACAAGCAUGGAUUCAAAGUGCCACUGUUAGAGAGAAUAUUCUGUUUAACAAAGCAUACAAUGAAGAAAGAUAUAAUAAUGUUCUUGCAGUAUGCUGCCUCAAGCAAGAUCUUGCAGUAUUGCCCAAUGGAGAUUUGACACAGGUGGGUGAACACGGGGCUAACUUGAGUGGAGGACAACGCCAGAGAAUAAGUUUAGCGCGUGCCUUGUACAGUGACAAAAGCAUUUAUAUCUUGGAUGAUCCACUCAGUGCACUGGAUGCUCAUGUUGGGAAUCACAUCUUCAACAAUGCAAUUAAAAAGCAACUAAAUUUGAAGACUGUUCUGUUUAUCACUCACCAGCUUCAGUAUUUGGUCAACUGUGAUGAAGUACUGUUAAUGAAGGACGGUUGUAUAACUGAGAGGGGGUCUCAUGAAGAUUUAAUAAUCUUGAAUGGAGAUUAUGCAGCAAUGUUCAAUAAUCUACAGCUGGGAGACACUCCACAUAUUGAGGUACACAACCAAAAAAUUGCCAACAGUUCCUUGAAGAAACCUCAAGACAAAAGCCAGACUGGAUCAGUAAAGAAGGAAAGAAAAGCGAAUAAAGCAGCAGAUGACACGAAGCUGGGCGGCGCUGUUAGCUGUGAGGAGGAUGCUAAGAGGAUGCAGGGUGACUUGGAUAGGUUAGAUCAGCUUGGACAGUUGGAGGAUAAAGGAAAAGGUUCCCUACCGUGGUCUGUAUAUGGAGUGUACAUCCAAGCAGCAGGAGGCCCGCUUGCAUUUUUCUUUAUAUUAGUCCUUUUUAUAAUGAACGUAGGAAGUGUUGCCUUUAACAACUGGUGGCUUAGUUACUGGAUCAAGGCAGGAAGUGGGAAUACAUCUGUGACAAUAGGGAAUAAAACUCAUGUGGGUCAAAGCAUGAAGGACAAUCCACAUAUGCGUUACUAUGCAGGGAUCUAUGCACUUUCUAUGGCAGCAAUGCUGAUUCUCAAAGCAGUGCGUGGCAUUGUAUUUGUUAAGGGAACACUUAGAGCUUCUUCCCGCCUUCAUGAUGAGCUCUUUCGUAAAAUCCUCAGGGUCCCCAUGAAAUUUUUUGACAUUACACCCACUGGCCGAAUUCUCAAUAGAUUUUCAAAGGAUAUGGAUGAAGUGGACACAAGGCUUCCUUUACAAACAGAAAUGUUUAUUCAGAACAUCAUUCUGGUAUUUUGCUGCAUUGGUGUCAUUGGUGCUGUCUUCCCAUGGUUUUUGGUUGCAGUUGCCCCUCUUGCCAUUCUUUUCAUGAUUCUCAACCAGGUAUCCAGGAUUUUUAUCCGAGAAUUAAAGCGUUUGGACAACGUCACUCAUUCUCCUUUCCUGUCACAUGUCACAUCCAGUAUACAGGGGUUAACCACAAUUCAUGCUUACAACAAGACAGCAGAAUACAGACGCAGGUACCAGGAGCUGUUAGAUGCUAAUCAGGCUCCAUUCUUCCUGUUCACUUGUGCAAUGCGUUGGCUUGCUGUGAGACUGGACAUAGUCAGUAUUGUUCUUAUUGGGACAACUGCAGUAAUGAUAGUUUUAAUGCAUGGUCAUAUUCCUCCAGCUUAUGCAGGACUUGCAAUUUCUUACGCUGUCCAGCUGACUGGUUUAUUUCAGUUUACUGUCCGACUCGCUUCUGAGACUGAGGCUAGAUUCACUUCUGUGGAAAGGAUUCAUCACUACAUAAAGGUUCUGGAAUUGGAAGCUUCAGCUCAUGUUAAGGAUAAAACUCCUCCUGCUGACUGGCCUCAGCAUGGACAAAUAACAUUUGCAAAUGUUGAGAUGAGAUAUCGUGAGAAUCUACCUCUAGUAUUAAAGAAAGUGUCCUUCACUAUUAAACCUCAAGAAAAAAUUGGUAUUGUGGGGAGAACUGGAUCAGGAAAGUCAUCACUGGGAAUAGCAUUGUUCCGAUUAGUUGAACUCUCGGGUGGUUCAAUAAUCAUUGAUGGGGUGAACAUUACUGAAAUUGGUUUGGCUGAUCUUCGCAGCAAACUAUCCAUUAUUCCACAAGACCCAGUUUUGUUCACUGGUACUGUGAGAUAUAAUCUAGAUCCUUUUCAGCAGUACUCAGAAGAGCAGGUGUGGGAUGCAUUGGAGCGAACACACAUGAAAGAAUGUAUUUCUCAGCUGCCUUUAAAGCUGGAAUCUGAUGUGAUGGAAAAUGGAGAAAAUUUCUCAGUCGGAGAAAGACAGUUAAUAUGUGUGGCGAGAGCACUACUACGGAGGUGUAAGAUUUUGGUAUUGGAUGAAGCUACAGCUGCCAUGGAUACAGAAACAGAUUCUUUGGUGCAGGAGACAAUCCGGGAAUCAUUUGCUGACUGUACAAUGUUGACCAUUGCACAUCGUUUGAAUGCAGUACUCAGCUGUGAUCGUGUCAUGGUGCUAAGUCAGGGCCAGGUUAUGGAAUUUGAUAAGCCGUCUGUUCUUUUAUCCAGUGAGAACUCAAGAUUUGGUGCAAUGUUUGCUGCUGCUGAAAAUAAAGUUGCUGUAAAGGGCUAAUAAAAUCGAUGGGAUUUUCUGCAGAAUCAUGGACUUGGUAACUGUGGCAUGUUGCCUCCAAUUCUCUAUCCAGGGACAACACAACCUCAGUUUUAUAGCACCUUGCACCAUGGACCUUCAGAGUGGUUCCAGCUGCUCUGUCAAACGUUUUUUUUUUCAUUAUUUUCAUAAUAAUAAACUGAGUUAAUUAUCUUAACUUGAAAUGCACUCUUAAGGUUCAGAGAGCCUCUGAUAUUGAUAGCUCCAUAUGCCUAAAGUUAAGCUUUACACAUUACAGAUCUAUAAAUCUGUACAUAGAAUAUUUGAAAAACAUACAUGCUGUACUUUACUUUGUAUUCUAUUUUUGCACUAUUAAUAUUGUGCUUUCUUUUGUAUUCUAUCCUGUACAGUUUUGCACUGUAUCAGUCUGCUAUUUAACUGUGAGACAGUUGUCGAUGUCAAGCUAUAUUUAUAUAGAAUAAAGAAUGCUUCUAUUCAUAAAUCAAUAUAUUAAAAUAUAUGACUGUUUUAUCCAGACAGCAUUGAGUGUUGCUUGGGCAUCAGUAUAGAAUGGAAUAUUUAAUAGAAUUCUGAUUUUAGAAUGACACUAGUUUGUCUGGGUUCUUUGUUAUUGAGUGAAAAAUAUAUCUCAGGAUCAACUUGCAUUUUACUGUAUGAUUUGCACUGUUGGAAAUUAUGUACUGUUGGUAAAAGUUAUUUACUGAAGUCCACAUGAAAGUGGUCACUCCUGUUGCCACAGAAGCUUGUUACAUUUGUCCAGACAAUGUUGCAUGUAUUUGUCACCUUGUACUUUUUAGAGCCUUAGCAUGAUUUUGCAAACUAAGCAAACCUGCCUUGUUAAAUCUUUAAGAAUAUAAAUAAAUUAUUUUCUACCUAA